GCAUUUUUUGAGUGUGCAUCAGUGUGUCAUCAAUGAUGCGUAUGAGGAGAUGUCCCCUCGUGCCUCCCGGUGACUGACGACGAAGGCUCAUAUGAAGGGAAUUAUAGGAGCGCCAUACCGGGCACAUUGUGAUGCUUUGACGGUCACAGGCGUGUGCUGGUUGCCUUACAGUGACCAUCGAGGGGUUAGGGGAUUUGAGCUGAUUUCAUCGUUCCAGGGUCAGCUGAGAUGGGGUCCUACGAUGGUCACAGUUCGAUCGGAGAGGGUGCUACGCCAGUUUGGGUACAUUCAGAGCAUCCCUCCACCGCCUGUUAGCGCUUCGUUGUCAUAUGAUGAUAUAGAUGAUAGGUGGAUGCAUUUCUCGGACCACGUAGUAGCUGUGGGUGACCUUUGUGUAGUGCCUUGACAGGUAUCUGCGGAUUACAUGGAGUGGUUUUUCCAGAUAUCUCAUCCAUUCAUGAUACCGACCCAUGCAGGUGACCAGCCUAGACAUGCACCUGCCCCAGACCAUGAGGACUACAUGUGGCCGAACAUCCCACAGGUUCUAGUGGCAUUUGACCCCCCUCGACAUGCAGUGGAUGAUUACGAAGGCUAUGGGGCGAUCGCAAAAAGGUUGGAGCGUGUGCUCAACCUUAGGAUGGUCACUGCAGGGACAAAGUUACAUGAUAUCAUGCAAGAUUGCCUGAAGAUCGCCAGGGGGGUGCCAGUGCAGAUGGAAAUGUUAGGGCUCGACAAAGAUGGCGCACAGAGCAUUGAUGAUGUUUUUUAUGUUUUGUAG